AUGGAGCUAAAUCAGACAUGUUUUCACUCGUGCGAUCUGAAGGAAGAAUUCAAGGGCAAAUCUGCUUUGCCACAUAUCCAAAUAUUAAGCCUUACCGGUUUUAAACCAGAAGAUUUCAAAACCAUCAACGGACAGUAUAAUUCUCUCGCCUGUUAUGGGGAGGUUCGAGUGGCAUACUGCAUCACACGGUUCUUUCCCCUCACUAUGCAUCGAUUUGGACCUUGGAGCGUAAUCCGCCCCACGAGGGACAAUUACUCAGAUCCUGUGCUUUUCAACGAAAACUUCGAAAUACCCUUAGCCUACUGCUACCUCUACGACUUCUAUGGAAUCAGUUUUGUGCUUUGUUCUACCUACACCGACAGCAACGGUGUGCACGAUCAAUAUUUAGGUGGGUGUUACCUCCGGCUCUACAACUCGAAGAAGGUGUUUCGUAGUGGCGUGUAUGAGUUAGAAUUGCAUUUGCUAAAGAAUUACAAGCUAAAGAGUUUGGAUGAUGUUGUGGAAUGCAUAGUAGACCACGAGAUGGACGGGAAACCGAGAGGUUUGAAGGAGCUGAACCACCUGCUUAAGGUGAGGCGGAAACAAAUCCGCGGUGAGCUUGUUGCGACCCCGUUGGACCAGAAGACUCUCUCUGUUGUGGAGCCUCGGAUUGAGGAGCUGAAACGCGGCAGCGGUAAGAUGUUUCUCCGCGUGAAGUUUGAAUUCUCGCGGUCUUAUCCUUCGCUCUACGUGCCGGUGGUGUUCAAAUACCCUGUGAUGCCUGGGUUGGAUGAGGAUGCAAGACCAGAGAAGUGGAAUCCCCAUGACGAAAUGUACUUCAAGAUGACGCGAAACAUUCGCACAGUGGCUGUGGACAGGGAGAGGAUACCGAACAAGGAGAUGCUAGAAAGGUUGAAGACUGCACUAGCUACGUUUCUUCUCUCCGUACGGUGGCAAUACCCAGAGCAGGUGAGUCAGGCGGUGGAAUUGCUACUCAGCUGGUCGCCUUCCUGUGUCUCACCUGAAGCGGUCCUCGAACUGUUAACCCUCACCUACACCCACCCCGUGUGUCGGCGGUUCGCUAUCUCUCGCCUCCAAGAGGCAUCCGAUGAUGAUAUUGAGCUCUACUUGUACCAGUUGGUGCAGGCUCUGCGCUACGAAAAUCACGAGGAGAUUCUUCGUUCCUCAAAGAUCCCCACUCUCGGUGUGGACAGUGAAGACCAAAAGGAAAAGGAAGGCGUAGCGUUGAAGAAGACAGAGGGAAAGGCUGAUGAACCGAGCUCAGUGAGAUCACGACCUCGAUCGAAACGGCCUGCCCUUGGGCCUGAUGACAUUCCAUGGAAGACCGACCUGGCGACAUUCCUCAUCCAACGUGGCCGCGGUAAAUUCCGACUGGCUAACUACCUCUAUUGGUUCCUCCAUCUGGAAGCCCAUGAAGACACCCCCUCUACUUCUGAGGUCAAAGCCAUGUUCAGCCACGUGCUCAAACGGUUCAUGGCCGCCCUGGAAUGCGGCUCCGAGGAGCACAGGUCCUGGCACUCGGAUCUGCUGAACCAAACAAAGUUCGUGAAUGGACUCUAUGAACUGGUGAAGAGGGUGCAUGAGGACGCCUCGAAACGGAUAAGAAAGAUGGAAAUUCUGAAGAACCUCUUGCGAACCGAAGGUGCUUCGUUAACCCAAUUUGAGCGACCGCUCCCCUUUCCUGUGGACCCCAACUUUUUGAUCGCCACUGUUGACGCUGAUUCUGCGACGCUCUUUAAGAGCACCACGCAACCCGCCUCGCUAAGCCUAGUGUCUCCGGAGGGCCAACUCUACCGAGUGAUCUUCAAAAUCGGUGACGAUUUGCGACAGGAUCAAGUGGUUCUGCAGAUGAUUCGUCUCAUGGAUGUGGUCUUGAAGAAGGAGAUGUUUGACCUUCAUCUGACGCCCUACAUUGUGCUUGCUGCCACUUGUCGUCAUGGUUUCAUCCAAUUUGUGAAGGGUGUUCGGCUGUCCGACGUGAAUAGGGAGGAGGGCUGUAUUUUGAAGUACCUUCAACAGCGGGCUCCGAGUGCUAAGGACCCUCUGGGUCUUCAACCGAAGGUUCUCGAGACGUACAUCCGGUCGUGUGCGGGCUACUGUGUGAUGACGUACCUGCUGGGAGUGGGCGAUCGGCACAUGGAUAACAUAAUGCUUACGCCCGAGGGUCAGCUUUUCCACAUCGACUUCAGCUUCAUUCUCGGUUACGACCCCAAGCUCAUGGCGCCCGAGGUGCGACUGACAAAGGAUAUGAUUGAGGCCAUGGGGGGAGCGAAGACGCCGACCUUCAAUAAUUUUGUCAACAUCUGUGUGACUGCCUUCCUUUCUCUGCGCAGGCACGCCAAUCUCUUUCUGACGAUGUUAUCCUUGGUGCAAGACGCGGGUAUAAAGGAUAUUGCGCGGGAUCCGAUGAAGGCGCGUGAUUUUGUGAAGGAGCGCUUCUGCCUCGAUGAGACGGAAGAAAGGGCGGCCCAUCGAUUUGCUAGUCGUAUCUUUGACUCUAUCAAAGCGAUUGUGCCGGAGGUGAUGGAGAGGAUCCACACUGUUAUGCAGCGACUACCAGAAACUUUGACGCUUCCAUCACCAUCGACUACAUUGCCUCCAACGCUGCUUGCAACCUUCAAUAUCACUGCUGCAACAGCUACCACCAGCACAGCAACCACUGCCACUCUCACUGCUGCCACUACAAACACCAUCAGUGCCACUGUUACCGACACUAUUGCCAGUACUGCGUUCAACAUCACACAGAAGAAAUGUGACUUGGGAGAAUCAGAAGACCAGAUGCGCAUGUCGAAAGUUAAGCCAUCCGCAUCUGGAUCGUGGAAGGUGUUGGGUCUUGACGAAAAUGGAGGCCAUUCCCUCGAUCUACACCUUGACGUCCGAAUUCAGCACUUGGAUAUAGACAAUUGA